AUGGGACAUUUCGCAUGGAUUAAAAAUCUAUCGCAGUUAGUGAGCAAGCAGCUGAAUGCGCACAACGGUCGAAAAUACAUCUGUGAUCGAUGCCUUCAUUAUUUUUCAUCUCAUGAGAAGCUCCAAUCACAUGAGGUGGAUUGUGGCGAGAUGAACGAUUGCGUGAUUCUGCUGCCUAAUGCACAUGACAAAUGGUUGGAAUUCAAGAACGUGAAUCGAAAGGAGCUUCUACCGUUCAUCGUGUAUGCCGACCUCGAGUGCAUUUUGAAAAAAACCACGGCUGAAGAUAUGGACCGCAAUAAAUAUCAACAUCACCAAGUCUUCAGCGUGGGAUACUACGUCAACUGCUCGUAUGACGAAUCAUUGUCAGGGUAUCACACACAUCGGGGCGAGGACUGCGUUCAAUGGUUCGUACGUAGAUUAGAACAAUUGGCGAAACAAGUAGCAACCAUUUUAUAUACCAUCAUUCCGAUGAAAGAAUUGACUCCACAAGAGUGGCGAAAAUUCCGAGAAAAUACGGAAUGUUAUAUCUGUGAGAAACCAUUCGUACUGGGUGAUAUUCGAGUACGCGAUCAUUGUCAUUUAACAGGCAAAUUCAGAGUUCCAGCGCAUCAAGACUGUAAUUUAAAAUAUCAAGAGUCUUUCUUCAUCCCCAUAGUUUUCCAUAAUUUGUCGGGCUACGAUGCUCAUUUUAUCAUCAAAGAAGUAGCUACGGCGUUCAAGGGGAAAACUGAUUUAUUACCUAUAACGAAAGAAAAGUAUAUUUCUUUUUCGAAAACCGUUAUAACUUCGAAAGAUCAUAGAAAAAAUAUUAAGUUGCGCUUCAUUGAUUCAUAUAAAUUUCUGAACACAAGUCUUGAUAAAUUAGCAUCUUUCUUGACUCCUGAUCAACUCACGGUUUUAAAAUAUGAAUUCCGAGAUACCGAUAAUUUCAAUCUGUUAACGCGAAAAGGUGUAUUCCCAUACGAGUACAUCGAUAGCUUUGACAGACUGGAGGAAACGGCACUUCCACCGCGAGCAUCAUUCUAUAGUUCUUUAACCGAUUCAACGGUAUCGGAAAAUGAGUACGCUCAUGCUUUGACCGUUUGGGAGCGAUUUUCCACUCAAACACUUGGAGAAUACAGUGAUUUAUAUUUAAAAACCGAUGUUUUAUUGCUAGCUGACAUUUUUGAAAAUUUUCGUAACACCUGUUUGAAAAGUUACGGUCUCGAUCCCGCAUAUUAUUAUACACUUCCUGGAUAUACCUGGGAUGCAAUGAUGCGAUACACAAAGAUCAGAUUCGAAUUGCUCACAGAUAUUGACAUGAUCUUAUUUAUGGAAAGAGGCAUUCGUGGAGGUCUAAGCCAAUGCAGUGGUAGAUAUGCCCGCGCCAAUAAUAAAUACAUGCCAUCUUAUGAUCCGUCGGAACCGUCUACGUAUUUAAUGUAUUAUGACGUUAAUAAUUUAUAUGGAUGGGCAAUGAGCCAAGCAUUGCCCUACGAUCAGUUCGAAUUUAUUGAAAAUGUUGAAAAUUUCGAUGUCGAAUCAAUUCCAUUGAAUGGUACACAUGGUUAUCUGCUUGAGGUCGAUUUGGAAUAUACAGAAGAACUACAUGAUAUCCAUAGUGAUUUACCAUUCUGUCCGACGCAUGAAAAACCUCCGGGUAAACAGCAGGAGAAGCUCAUUGCCUCAAAUAAUCUUAGUAAAUACGAUACAAGUGACUACCCUAUAGAUAAUAAAUACGGUAUACCGCUAGUUAAUAAAAAAGUACCCGGUCUCAUGAAAGAUGAGAAUAACGGGGCUAUUAUGACCGAAUUCGUCGGACUUAGGUCAAAAAUGUAUGCAACACGAGUUGUAGGUAAGAAUGAUGUAAAAAAAGCAAAGGGUGUUAAUAGUAAUGUUGUAGCGCGAACUAUAACUUUUGACGACUACACUAAAUGUUUAAAUGAGGAAAUUGAGAUGAAGCGCACUCAAUCUUCGAUAAGGUCCACAUUACACAAUGUAUAUACUAUUAAGGAAACAAAAAUAGCUCUAAGUCCGUAUGACGAUAAGCGGUACAUUAUUCCUGGCGCAGUGAAUACUUUGCCAUGGGGUCACCGUGACAUACCGUAA